GUGGAUCAUUAAAGAAUGACCGGCACAUCAGUCACUGACCUCACAGAGUCAACGUCAGUUCAUCUGGAUGAGUCUGACUAACCAGGAGCCAUCAAGCAGACUGGAUCACGUCGUGGAUUUACAUCUCUAGGGUCCAGAGAAUCUGAACAGAAAACAUGUUGAUGGAUUGAGUGGACUUCUAAUCCUGUGUUGUCUGAAAUGAACAAGAGGGUGUGCAGUGGUAUAUUUGAGCUCCUGCACCAUGUGCUCAUCAGGGUUGUUUUUUCUCACACCUUCAUGACUCCAGCAUUAUCAUGAUGCUAUUUUUGUCUGUCGCACCUCCAAAGUUCCCAGCCAGCGGAUUCUGACUGUGACAACAUGUCUCUACCAAAGCGGAGAAAAAUCAGGACUUUUGCUCUGCUGUUUUGUGUCAUCACAUUCACAAUGUUCCUCUUCAGUUACACUUUCCGGGAUCCCUCUCUCUACUUCUUCAAGAACGCUUUCCGCCUAUCAGACAACUUUUUCUCCAAAGGGCUGUGUGCCUGUCGACAGUGCAUGACAGAGCUGGAGGAUGACCCUUGGUUUGCUGAGCGCUUCAAUCAGUCCAUCCACCCUCUGAUGACCAGGGAGAACAGCGUCCUCUCCGAUGAAACCUUCAAAUGGUGGCAGUGGUUGCAGUCAGAGAGGCAGCCGGCCAACUUCAGUGGAGUGGUGGAGGAGCUGUUCCAAGUCAUCCCCGAUGACGUGCUCUACAUGGAUGCCAGUCCUGAGCGCUGCAGGACCUGCGCUGUGGUUGGGAAUUCUGGGAACCUGAAGGGCUCCUUGUACGGCAGCCUCAUCGACUCCAGUGACUUCAUCAUAAGAAUGAAUCAGGCUCCUACUACCGGGUUUGAGGAGGAUGUGGGGGCCAAGACGACACAUCAUGUCAUGUAUCCAGAGAGUGCCAUAGACCUGGAGAACACCACCAGUCUGGUGCUGAUCCCUUUUAAGACUCUGGACCUGCAGUGGAUCGUUAGUGCUCUAACGACGGGCACCAUCACACACACAUACAUACCUGUUAUAUCCAGGAUCAAGGCAAACAAAGAUAAGGUUCUCAUUUACAGUCCAACAUUUUUCAAGUAUGUCUAUGAGACUUGGCUCGAGGGUCACGGACGAUAUCCUUCCACUGGCUUCCUCAGCUUGCUGCUUGCUGUCCACAUAUGUGACGAGGUCAGUGUGUUUGGAUUCGGUGCAGACCAGUAUGGGAACUGGCACCAUUACUGGGAGGAGAACCAUCUGGCUGGAGCUUUCAGACACACGGGAGUCCAUGACGGAGAUUAUGAAUUUAACGUCACCCUGCUGCUUGCAGACAAGCACAAAAUCCGAAUGUUCAGAGGCAGAUGAUGCCGUGUCACAUGUGCAGCUGGAUAACCACCAAAUGGACCUCAGCAGCCUUUUCUUAUCUCUACUUCAUGUGACACUGGAAGAAUGUCUUCAUCAUCAUGUCCAAAGACGUUCUCACGUUUCAGUCUUGAGCUCUAGUCAGACACGUUUGAGAUCUCAGCUUUGAGAAAUCUCAUUCCUAUGUGACUGAAAACACACAGGAGAACAACAACACUGCCACACCUCCUCCUACUCCCAUGGCAUUGUAUAAGAAACAUAUUCUCACCACUGAAGAGUCUGUAAUAACAAAUCAAACGUGUAUGACAAGAGGACAGUUUCUUGUAAUUAACAAGCAUGCUAUACACGAUCUUCUAUGUGAA